UGCACAGAAAUGUGCAGAGUUGUGCCUUGCCUCCAGCCACUGGCAGCCAGUACUCUUCGGUGCUGGUGGGACGCAGCUCCACACUGUCGCACCAAAUAAAAGGUCCCUCCCUUUAAUUUAACUGUGACGUUAUUGGCCCCUGAAAGGAUACAUUAGCUUACACGUAAAUGUCAAGGAAGGAGAGGGAUAGGGAGAAGAAUAUGAGGAAGUAAUCGCGCUACUUGAAGAGCUUUUAUUUAAGAGACUCUGCAACUAAAAGAUCUCCAGGAGUGGAGUCGACGUGGAUACAGAAUACAGAAUACAGAAUAACCUCAAGAUGGAGAUGGUCUGGAUAGUUCUGUGUCUUCAGCUCCUCCUCUGCCAGACAUGGGCCCUGUCUUCAUACCACCACUUAGACCAUAUGCUCAAUGCUCAAACAGCCCUCAGGUCCUUGGAUGAGCCAAUGAGGUUUGACCCCUGCUGUCUCCUGGCCCCUCCCCCACCCCCACUCUUCCCUCCACCCUCCCUGCUCUGGAAGCGAGGGACUACGGUUGACUACCCAGUGCAAGAGGGAGGAGGAGGAGGAGAGGAGGAGGAAGAGCAGAGGUAUAAACAUCUGCCUGUGAUCCAUGGAUGUAAACCAGGACCCCAGGGACCCAAGGGACCCCCAGGACCAGAGGGUCCCAGUGGAAUGCCAGGAAUUAGUGGACCAAAGGGAGACAAGGGAGAGAUCGGACGACCAGGGUCAAAGGGUCGUACUGGUCCUCCUGGGUUACCAGGGAGACAGGGACCAGCCGGAUGGCCCGGUCCAGAGGGACCCAAAGGAGAGAAAGGAGAGCUGGGGCUGAUGGGCCUGCCGGGGCUGAGAGGACCACCUGGAACCAAGGGUCUUCCUGGUUAUAAAGGAGAGAAGGGGUCUCGUGGUAAUUCAGGCAUUUUAGGACCAAAGGGCAACAAGGGCUCCGUAGGUCUCUCUGGGAUGUUGGGACAGAAGGGUGCGAUGGGAUCGAAGGGAGACCCAGGAAUUUCAGGAAAGAGAGGACCAACUGGCCGACCUGGGAAGAGAGGACAACAUGGUAUGAAGGGUCAGGGUGGAACCCCAGGUCCAAUGGGUCCUACAGGUCCUGCUGGUCCCUCUGGUCAUCCUGGACCCCCUGGGCAACCUGCCUCAGGCCUGUACCUGGUAGGGGAGAAGGGAGAUAAGGGUGUAGCGGGAUCUCCAGGUGUCUGUGACUGUAACACCUACGGUGGUAACACCGUUGUGGGAGUCAACCACCCACACUACGGCAGUUACACCCAACGAGGCAACUACCACAGAGUCCCCGUGAUCUUUGUAGUGGACAGUGAGGAGGAGUUGGAUCGUCUCCACACGGUCAAUGCCAUCGCCUUCAGGAAGGACCAGAGGUCUCUCUACUUCAAAGACAAAGAUGGCUGGCAGCCCAUACAGUCCUUCCAGGCUCUCCAGGUCGACAGAGAAGGUUCCGGAGCGGGUGGGUGAGUGUGGGGACGGACUGGUGCAGAACGGAGAGGAGUGUGAUGAUGGAAACAACGUCGUCACAGAUGCCUGUCUCAAUUGUAGGUGGGCAUACUGUGGAGAUGGAUAUCGUCAUGAGGGCCUGGAGGAGUGUGAUGGAAAUGACUUUGGUUACCAGACCUGCACAUCAUAUCUCCCUGGGUCUUUUGGCCAUCUCAGAUGUACUGGGUCCUGUUCCAUCGAUUCUACUGGUUGUAAAUACUUCACCUGAGCCAAUGAGAAGAUGGCAGCAUUGCAGUAUUACCAAUUGUGAUUGGUCCACCUUCAGCGAGCCGCUCCUUGUUGUGGUCUAUACUUCAGCUCUGUUCUGGAUUAUUCCGUAAAGAAGAUUAUAAAUGUCUGCAGCCCUUUUCAAAGCGCUGCAGAGGAGGAGGGGGGGGGGGACACCGUAGCUGCAAUUUGACAGACUAUGUUUCCUCUAAGCUACUAUUGGGGGACAGCUUUGGCCAUGGGAGACCCCUUGUAUUGUGUGUGGCUCGCAUGACUAUGGCUGUGUGACUGUUCUCGUGACUCUGAUAUCUCUGGCUGUAGCACUGUUUAAGGAAUGUUUAAAAAAAACACUGGUGCUAAUUUAGCAAUAUGUGUAAGGUAUACAGGAAGUUAUACAGGAAGUUAUACAGUAUGAUUGUAAUGUGUAUAAGCUAAAAUAUCGCAGUAAAGUUAAGCUUGAUUGUUUCAACAUCCAUUUGACAACAAAACAAACAACAAAACAAACAAACAAACAAACAAACAGAUUGGAAUAGUUUAGAAAAAUGUAUUUAUUUAUAUGUAACUAACAUAAGAUUGAUGAGUCAAUGAAUGUACAU